AGACACAGAGAGAGAAGAGGAGGGAGAAGAUGGAGGAAGAGGAGACACAGAGAGAGGAGAGGAGCAGGGAGAAUAUGGAGGAAGAAGAGAAAUAGAAGGCAAGGAAGAAGGGAGGAGUAGAGAAACAGAGAGGGAAGAUGGAAGAAGAGUAGAUACAAAAGAAAUGGAAGAAUGGAUAGAAGAGACAGUGGGAGAGAUGGAAGACAAUGCCGUGUCAGCGCUCCUGGUCGUCCAAUCAGAUCCCUCAGAGCAGGCCUGGGCCCAGCACCUCGGCGACACAGAUGACCUCAGCGACUGUCUCCAAGCCGAGCUGGCUGUUGUGUACUCGGACAGUGAUGCAGGGGAGGACCAAUGGGCUGGCUCACCGCCCUGUGAUGUCACCAACCAGGAAGAAGCAGGCAGAGGGAUUCACGAUAGCAUCUGUGAUGGAGAGAGAGAGGAAGAGGAGAGAGGGGAAGAAGAGGAGGAGGCAGAAGUAGAGACUGGAAGAGAGGAGCAGAGAGAGGAGGAGGAGGAGAAGUGGGGAGGCAAGGAUGAUGAGGAUGAAGAGCAGAGCUCCACAGCCAGCUCCACAGACCCUGACAGGAAGGUUCCUGUCCCACAAGAGAGCUACAGUGAAAAUGUCUCCACUGAGCAUGUGGACUUUCUGUUGGCCCGCCAGCAGUGGCGGAAGAUGGAGGAGGAGGUCAAAGGUCAGCCAACCCCCAAACCAGGGCUCAGAGCUCAGGGAAGCUUCCAGGGCACCCACACUUCACUGUACCCCCCCACUCGCAGCCCCCGACUCAAGCACAGGGAGAUCCAUCCACCUGUGCCCAGGGAGCCGCCCCUGUCCUCCACCAUGUCCCCCAGUUCAGAGGACUCUGGCCUGGAUGAUUUGUCAUACCGCAGCCCGCUGGACGAGCCAGAGAGUGCGGUGGAGAGAGAGAUCCGACUGACUCUGGAGAGAGAGGAACACCACCGCAGGGAGAGGGGGAUGAUUACACAGGGCCUAACUACACCCAGAGGCUUGACCCCGCAGACAGGACGAUCUCCACCUAGACCUCCAGCCUGCCGCACUCCUACCUUGUCCAUCUCCCCAUCCCCUUCCUGUUCCUCUUCCCUUCCCCGAUCUGUCUACCAUGAAAUGACAGCCAAUAAUGUCAUCAUCUUGGAGCCCGACUGCUCCAGCUCCGCCUCCAGGAACCGCUUACUCUCCUCUGCUAUUGGGGGCCUCGGCGAUUGGUCCACAAUCAAGGAUGCAAUGCCUUCCGCCAAUGUCAUCGUCGUGGAAACCUCCAAUCUCAUCAUUCGCAGCGCUUCCGAAUUCUGCCUAAGCUCCGCCCCUGUGUCCAUGGAAAUGCAGGAAAGCACUUUCUCAUCCAAUCCGUUCUUCAAGCUGCGCUCCCUCAGCAGCCAGUCGCUGGUGGAGCAGGAGAUCCGCAUGGUGAGGCAGAGGGAGGAGGAGUGGAGGAGGCAGAGGGAGGAGGAGUGGAGGAGGCAGAGGGAGGAGAUGUGGAGGAGAGGGAGAGAGAGGUACGAUACUGUGCUGGUGUCUCCAGGCCUCAGCGAUAACAUCACUUACAACGUGCCAGAGGUUUCAGACAGAUGUGUCUCCUCCCCUUCGUCCCCCUCCAGGACCCGCAAAAUGGAACGAUCCAGUAUGUCUUGUGACCACAAGUUGACUGAUUAACUAUUUAAUCCACAAGUUCACAAUUUAGCAAAUGUAUUCAUUAUUCGACUCAUCAACCCAUCACUCUUGCAGUCAUCAGUCUAACAAUUCCUGCAAAUGUCCCAUCCUAUGUUUAUUUCUCUUUUGCCUUGUCCAUCACCCCUCCAUCCUAUAAUCCAUCCAACCAUAUCCACCUAUCCACCCAUAUUAGCUCCAGUGGUUCAGCUAAAUCUCCCCCUCCCUCCAGUUCCCCUCUUCCCUCUCUUCUGUGCCAAGACGACAGAACGCCAUGGCACAGCGAUGGGAGGCCUCCCUCUUAGCCAAUCAGAAGAAGGAGUAAGCAACGACCACACUCAACUGACCGCCAUUUGAAAGCCGCACUGCAGUGUCUAUAGGACGCCUCAUGAGAAGAGGACUAUUUCUUCAUUUAUCUAGUUUGGGUUUCCAUUAUCCUUUAAUGUCUGGAAAAGUCCGUUGCAUGAUGUCUGAAACAGUAUGUCACAGUUUGUUAUAUAUGAUACCUCUGUAUUCCCAGGAUGCCUGUCCCAAUAAUAACUGAGUAUAAAAUUGCAAUCAUAAUAAUACUACUCUUUUUGACAUGUGACCCAGAUUUUAUGUAAACUAAACUCAAUAUUUAAUAUUUACAGCACUUUGAUUUCUGGGUGUUUAUGAAUUAUGGGACUAGUACAGCUGUUGAUAUUUGUGGAUUUUUAUGACUAUGACUGAAUAUGAUGCAGUGACUUUCAAACCUUUUCUGGGCAGUCAUAUUUUAAUUUCAGAUAUUAAUUUAGUCUGUAAUUUAAAGUGAUUAACAGCGUACAGCGUUUAUUCAGAAAUGUUCUAGCUAUGCAGAGAUUUGAGAAGGUACAUGCAAAAAUGGUUUAGCAUGUUGUAUUCUUUUCAAUUUGUAUUUUAGUUUAAAGGUGCCAACCCAGACUUUGAAAAUCACUGCCUUAGUGAAACGUUAUAAUGAGCCAUUGAUCAAAAGAGUUUGGAUGUUCUAGGUUUCAAUGUCAGCCAUGUUGGCUAAACAGUGCUAGCUGCUAACUAAAUACCAUUUGGGUCACAGUUGCACAGACCAGAUGGUUUGCCUUUCAUUUGGAAGAGGUUGGUUGUAACCCAGAUAAUUCCAGAACGGGCUGCAGUUUUGUGGGGUCAUGAAAAACCUUUUUUGAGGAUAUUGUAGUCUCAAAAUUGCAAGUAAUGCUAGUUUUAUUUACCAUUUUGUUACCAUGGAAUGUAUGGCGUACGCACCAGGAAAUGGACAUUUUUGAUGAAAGCUGUUGAUGUUCUACACCAAACCACGACGGUACGAGUUGAACCUGAAUAAAACUGAUGAAACAGUGAAACCUUUAUCAGCUAGUUACCUAAUGGUAUAUUAGUUUUGUUAAGCUCUGUUUGCCCAUUGGCUUCUGAAGAAAGGUGAAUACAGGCUCUGACUUUGCAUCAAAAAUAUGUAUGUGAAUAUGUAGGGAAAUCCCAUUCAAUCUGACCACCUUUAAAGUGUGGAAAUGUUAUAAAUGAAUGUUGAAUUCAAGCCCUUGCUAAACAAGUUGACACGAUGCUGAUUAAGCCUCACCGCCAGGGAAAGCUCUCCGCAUGUCUCAGUAUCCCGGAGUUGUGGUGUCCGCUGUCUGUGGAGACCUUCCCGCACUGAACGAGUAGUUUAUUAACUCCACAACAACGUUGUUACAUGGGCAGAACACAAAGUGCUGUGAACUAAAAGACAUCUAAACUUUUUUAAUCUGAGCUUUCCGUUUCAAUGACCUGCUCACAUUUCUGCUCGAUUUGUAAUGUUAGCUAGGGAUUGUUGUCUACAACAUCGACCUAGCUAAGUUUUAAUUGAA